AUAUUUUAGUGGCCUGGUAAUAGGAAAGGAAAAUCCCCUUACACCCUCUCGAAACCAUCGGGUUGAGGUUGGAGCUUGGAACUGUGAAUUCGAUGACACAGAUUCCGAAGCAUACAUUGGAAUUCGAAGAAUGCAGUGAUAAUAGGCCCUCAAAGAUAUCAAAAGUGGAGUAUCCUAGUGACGGUGACCACGAAGAGCAAGGGAUGAGCCAAAACCCUAGGAUUCAACGCUAUUUGGUUGCAUUUGAGUAUAUUGGAACUCGCUUUUCUGGUUCUCAGAAACAGCUAAAUUGCCGUACCGUCGUUGGUGUGCUUGAGGAAGCUUUUGGUAAAUUUGUUGGCCAGCCAGUCUCUGUCUUUUGUUCAAGCCGAACUGAUGCUGGAGUGCAUGCCUUGUCAAAUGUUUGUCACGUGGAUAUUGAACGCAUCAGCAAAAGGAGGCCUGGUGAAGUGCUACCACCUCAUGAACCUGCUGUGGUUAGAAGGGCUGUGAACCAUUUCUUACAGAAGCAUGACAGUGACUUAAUGGUUAUUGAUGUUCGAUGUGUUCCAUCUGAUUUUCAUGCCAGAUAUAAAGCACAAGAGCGCACAUACUCCUAUCGUUUGCUGUCUGGGCCUGAGCCUUUGUCAACCUUUGAGAAAGAUCGAGCAUGGCACAUACCUGAGGAGCUUAAUCUUCCAGCAAUGCGAGAAGCAUGCAGAGUUCUUGUUGGACACCAUGAUUUUAGUUCCUUCAGAGCAGCUGGUUGUCAGGCAAAAUCACCCAUUAGAACUUUAGAUGAGCUCAGUGUCAGUGAGGUAACUGAAAGUCCAUAUUUUCCAUCUGUUACGGAUAGAGAACAACAUAAUAAAGUCAAUGGUGAUAUUCCUAGCUGCCAAAGCAACUCUGAAACUGACAUUCCUCCUAGUUCUAGUCCAAGCAUUGAUAAAGUAACAUCAUCUAGUCAAGAUGCAGGAUUUGGCAAAAGAAGGCGACAUCGAUGCUUGGUAGUAACAGCACGGGCACGUUCUUUUCUGUACCAUCAGGUUAGACUACUUGUUGGCGUUCUCAAGGCUGUUGGCACUGGAAACUUAACAAUUCCAGACGUUGAAAGAAUUUUGAAUGCAAAGACUGUUACAGCCGCAAGUCCAAUGGCCCCGGCAUGUGGUCUCUACCUAGGAGAGGUAAAAUAUGAUCUACCUACUAGUUAGUAGACAUUUCAGGGUCUUUCGGAAACACGCAGGGAUUCAAGCAAACCUUACGUAGGUUGAGAUGGACUGGAAUUUGUCAUGUUUAAAUGUGCCAUUUAUAAGGAUUUUAUUUAGGUCCACUAGCAGUGGAUUAAUGUUGAGCCUUUAGUUUUUGUUUACCGAUACUCAGCCUCCCAUCAUUACUUUUUUCUUUUGUUUUCUUUUACUCAAAAGAGAACGAUUAAAGUCUUU